CUGACACAACUGUCUUCGAUCUCUCUUUCAUAUCCAUCAUAUAAAACUCGAACCAGUUAAUUAUGGGUUUAAUUUCCGGGAAGGUGUGUUUGUUUAUCUUUGUAUUCGCUCUAGUCGCCGAAUUUGCGUUCGGAAAUGUUGAGGUUAACGACGACAAACACUUUUUCCACAAACCACGUCCAUUCUUGCACAAACCUCGUCCUUUCUUACACAAACAUGGCAUUUACAAGAAGGGUUUUGGUAAGGGUUUGGGCGGCGGAGGCGGUCUAGGCGGCGGAGGUGGUCUAGGAGGCGGUGGAGGUCUAGGAGGCGGUGGAGGUUUAGGCGGUGGUGGCGGUCUAGGAGGCGGUAGUGGUUUGGGAGGAGGAGGGGGUCUAGGAGGCGGUAGCGGUUUGGGAGGAGGAGGGGGUCUAGGAGGCGGUAGCGGUUUGGGAGGAGGAGGGGGUCUAGGCGGAGGUGGUGGUGGUGGUUUGGGAGGAGGAGGCGGAUUGGGCGGUGGAGCUGGAGGAGGAUAUGGUGGUGGUGCUGGAGGAGGACUUGGAGGCGGUGGUGGUGUUGGAGGAGGAGGAGGAUUUGGUGGUGGCGGCGGAGGAGGAUUCGGGGGUGGAGCCGGUGGUGGAUUUGGUAAAGGCAUUGGUGGUGGAGGAGGUUUCGGUGGUGGUGGUCAUCACUGAUGAGGCUCAUGCUCAUGCAAUUCGUAACGCUGUUAUAUUAUUUAAUUAAAUGAAAUAUGAGAAUUAAUUAUUACAAUAAAAUGAUACAUUAGCAAUUGUGUAUGUCGUUAUUUUUAUUUUGAGUUGCAUUGUAUGAUGAUUCCAUAUGUUGUGCUUUGGUUGGUUUCAAGUUUGGUUAAUAAAAUGGUUAUUUUACU